GUAUUUCGGGCCGCGAAAGAAGUUACUCGUAUCUGUAGAGAGGAGGGAUUCACAUUUGCGAUAUUGGGGAGUACAGCUGGUUAUCUCUACGGAAUCAAACGCUUGCCAAAUGAUGUCGACAUCCUGGUAUCAUCAUAUACCUGCGAUAUAGAGUCACUGAAGGAAUUCCUUGUCGGUAAGAACUCGGCUCGAUUCUACCUCGUAGACACCAAAACAUCUGGUGCUACGUGGAAGGUCCUUUGGUACCACGAUCGUAAUGUCGAUGGGAAAUUGGAGAAAACGAAGGUCGAUAUUCUCAAACCGGGGGUAUUGCAGCUUCCGAUGAUAUUUUCGGAGGCCAUCGUCGAUAAGCAGGGAUUACCCGUCGUUCCUAUGUCGAUUCUACUGCUCCACAAAUUGAAGGGGUGGGAGGAUAACAUGGGGUCGACAGAGACUCGUCUUCAGAACAAGCAUGACGCAGACGUCAGCGAUAUAUUUUCGCUGUUAGUGAUCCUAUUUAGG